GGCAAAUGGCAUCACUCGCUCUCGAGCAUCCUCGUGCAUCAGACAUACUCUAGCUCUCCAAGGCCCACCCCUCACCGCUACCAUGGCUGACGCUGCCCCUGCUGCACCCGCCAAGAAGGCCACCAAGGCGAAGGCCCCCGCCGCCAAACCCACCCACCCUUCCUACGCUGUGAUGAUCGCCGAUGCCAUCAAGGCCCUGAAGGAGCGCACUGGGUCAUCCCGCCAGGCCAUCCUCAAGUACAUCGUCGCCAACAACAAGGUCGGUGACGAGAAGAGGGCUGGUGUCCGCCUCAAGCUGGCCCUCAAGAAGCAGGUCCAGGCUGGCGCCCUUAAGCAGGUCAAGGGAGCCGGAGCAUCUGGUUCAUUCAAGCUCGCCAAGGACGAGGUCAAGCCCGCAGCCAAGAAGCCCGCCGCUAAGAAGGCUGCCGUGAAGAAGCCCGCUGCCAAGAAGGCCGUGAAGAAGCCCGCUGCCAAGAAGGCCGUGAAGAAGCCCGCUGCCAAGAAAGCCGUUAAGAAGCCCGCCGCGAAGAAGGCCGUGAAGAAGCCCGCGCCGAAGAAGGCCGCCAAGAAGCCCGCUGCCAAGAAGCCCGCGCCGAAGAAGGCGGCGAAGAAACCUGCACCCAAGAAGUAAAUUUCUCACCAAAUGUAAGGCAUCUACCCUGGUGCGAAGAUUUGCUUCUGUAAGAAGUGUAUUUUUAAGUAAAUUUUUAUUGUACCUGACUUCCUAAGAUAUUGUAUAUAAUUAUAUUAUAGAUUUUCUAUGUA